GGUGAGGGAUGUUUGCUCUUUCUUCUAUAUUGGAGUGAUCUAACGAGUGUGAUGGAGAAUCGGGAGGAUCUUAAUUCCAUUUUAGAGUUUUUGCCGGUAGUUCUCCGGUCAACAGCACUCUUCUGGCCGUCUCAAGUGGUGAAAGCACUUAAAGCACUUUCCAAAGGCCCCGAACACAGCAAGGUUGACUCCGGCGAGGUCCUCUUCCUUGCAAUUUCUGAUAUCCGGCGGUCUCUUAACCUCUCUGCUGGUGACCUCGCCUUUUCCACCGCCGAUGGUUUCUCGCUUUUCUUCGAUGAUCUGAUCUCGCGUGCCGAAGCCAAUAAAUGGUUUAGAGAGAUACUUCCAGCGUUGGCAGAUUCUCUGUUGCGGCUUCCAGGUAUGCUAGAAGCUCACUAUCAGAGUGCAGACUCCAUUAGUUGUAUCGGUGCUAGGAAUGGACUCAAAAUGGGUCUUCGCCUGUUGAAGUCACAAGAGGCUGGCAUAGUUCUACUCAGCAAGGAACUGAUUGGCGCUCUUCUUGCAUGCUCUUUCUUUUGUCUGUUUCCAAACAGUUGUAGAGGUGCCAACCAUCUUCAAGUGAUCAACUUUGAUCAUUUAUUUGCGAGCCUAUAUGACAGCUAUAACGAAAAACAGGAGAACAAAAUUAAAUGCAUCAUUCAUUAUUUUGAGAGAAUUUCGUCAAGUACGCCAGUAGGCAAUGUCUCAUUUGAGAGGAAAGUGCUUGCAGCAGAUCACAAUCUCAAAUACAUUUUCUCCCCGAAGACUGAAUCUUGGAGUAAAUCUGUGGUCUCCCUGUGCCUGUUUGAGGUUUGCAGUUCGGGAUUAAUAGAAGAUCAUUCCAAGGAAGCUCUGGAAGUAGAUUUUGCAAAUAAGUACUUUGGUGGUGGUGCUCUAGCCAGAGGGUGUGUUCAGGAAGAAAUCCGUUUCAUGAUCAACCCAGAGUUAAUAGCCGGCAUGCUUUUCUUGCCUUCUAUGGCGGAUAACGAGGCUAUAGAAGUCGUUGGUGCUGAAAGAUUUUCUAAAUAUACAGGUUAUGCUGCUUCUUUCCAGUAUUGUGGUGACUUCCUGGAUAAAAAAGAUAUUGAUAUCAUUGGAAGACGUAAAAUCAGGAUCAUUGCAAUCGAUGCUUUAUUCAACCCCGGAGAGAGACAAUAUGAACAUGAAUUUCUUGUGAGGGAGGUUAACAAGGCAUUCUGUGGCUUUUCUGACCCUUGCAAAUCUCAACGGUAUCAGAUGCUAUUCGAAGAUAAUGAAUUGUCAGAAGCUCAGCUUGAACAAGAUCUUAAAAGCGUCAAUAGCAAAUCAGAUAAUGCUGUGGAAAUUUGUCAGCCAGUAGGUUUUCAAGAUGAAAUAGGGAUUGUUACUGGAAAUUGGGGUUGUGGUGCAUUUGGGGGAGACCCUGAACUUAAGGCCAUGCUACAAUGGCUUGCAGCUUCUCAGGCAUUAAGGCCUUUCAUGGUAUAUUACACAUUUGACAUCGAGGCAUUACAGAAACUGGAACAGGUUACACAAUGGAUUAAUUUCCAUAAAUGGAGUGUUGGAGAUCUUUGGAAUAUGUUAGUGGAGUACUCAUCACAAAGAUCAAAGAAAGAAACCCAAGUUGGCUUCUUCAACUGGCUUCUUCCCUUGUUAUCUUCUGAUGACCCCAUGAUGCUGGAUGUACCUUGAAACUCUACAGCUGUCUAUCUGUAAGCUUUCCGAAUGAGCCAGUGGAAAGGUGCGCAUUCGUGCCACCAUUUAAAACCCGUUCACUUGUGUCACUAUCAUGACGCCUACAAACUCGUUUGCUAUCCCCAUGACUUUGUGUACGUUUAGAUGUUGUCAAAUACUUUAGGUGGAGUCGAUAGUUUGGAUGUCUUUGUUUCGCUAACUAUCUACGAUGAGCGCUAGGGCUUUGGACAUAGCAAAGGCGUCUGAGUAGUUAUAUUAUCUGGCAAAAACACUAGCCUGUGUAAGUUCAGUUUACAUGAACCCUGAUUUCGUAAAUUACAUGAUUAUCAUAAGCAUAAUAUUAAUUUUUCAUUAAGUAUUGUUAAUGAUCUGAUUGCAAAGAGACUGAUUCGGUUUCUACCUCC